CGCAUCUCCGACGCUACACCGGUGGAUGCUACCCAUGGUCGUUUACUAGUUCCCGCCCGCUGAUAGUCGGGUUCCUCCGAAGCGAGCCUAUGCUCACCUGGUGGGUGCACUCGCCUCCAUGCCUUUAUUAGUCCCCUCCCCCCAGGUUGAUCCCUUCUUGGGCGAUCGUCUCUUCCAUCCACGUUUGUGUUCUCUACAUCCGGUCAGGGCUGCUGCAUCAUGAGUGACCCCGUUGGUGCAGACGAUCUCGUCUACGUCGCACAGGCCCACGUGCCCCAGAAGGAGAUCCAGACUCCUCUGGAUGAAAAGGAGCUCCACGCUCCAAUCAACGAGAAGGAGACGACCGUCGUGUCGGCCGUGCCCUCGGUCCAUGAUGGGCGCGAGUAUCCCACCGAGGAGGAGGAGCGCACCCUGCGUCGUGUCUCUGACAAGGUCAGCUGGACUACUUACACGGUCGCGUUUGUCGAACUGUGUGAGCGUUUCUCGUACUACGGAACUACCGCUGUUUAUGUCAACUUUAUCCAACAGCCUCUGCCGGCCGGCUCCACCACCGGUGCGGGCUUCAGUGGACAGUCGGGUGCUCUAGGCCAAGGCGAACGGACAUCCACUGCGCUGACCACUUUCAACACGUUCUGGUGCUAUGUCAUGCCCAUCCUCGGUGCUUGGAUUGCCGAUGAGUACUGGGGUCGCAUGCGCACCAUCCAGGUCUCCAUUGCUUUUGCUAUGCUGGGUCACAUAAUCAUCAUCAUCGCCUCUAUCCCUCCGGUCAUCGUGCACGCCAACGGUGCCCUGGCUUGCUUCUGUAUCGGUUUAAUCAUCUUCGGUAUCGGCGUGGGCGGUUUCAAGUCCAAUAUCUCGCCUCUGAUCGCCGAACAAUACAGGGAAACCAAGCUUUUCAUCAAGACGAUCCCCAAGACCGGGGAGCGCGUCAUUGUUGAUCCCGCACAGACCAUCACCCGUAUCUUCCUCUACUUCUACUUUAUGAUCAACGUCGGGGCCCUCAUUGGAUCCGUGGCCAUGGUCUACGCGGAAAAGUACGUGGGAUACUGGCUCGCCUUUUUGCUGCCGACCAUCAUGUUCAGUUUCUGUCCGAUUGUGCUGUUCUUCUGCCGCAAGAGAUACGUCGUGACGCCCCCGACCGGAUCGGUGGCCACCAAAGCCUUCCAACUGUGGAGCCUGGCCAUCAAGGGGCAAUGGUCCUGGAACCCAGUCACCUUUUACCACCGCUGCCAAUCCACCGAAUUCUGGGACAGUGUCAAGCCCAGCCGUAUCGCCAGCCGGCCGGCCUGGAUGACCUUUGACGACCAGUGGGUGGACGAAGUGCGUCGUGCCGUCAAGGCCUGUGCCGUGUUUGCCUGGUACCCUCUUUACUGGCUGGCGUACGGUCAAAUGACCAACAACCUGACCUCCCAGGCGGCGACGAUGGAACUGCACGGCGUCCCCAACGACAUCAUCAACAACCUGGACCCCCUCGCCCUCAUCAUCUUCAUUCCGAUCAUGGAUCAGUUCAUCUACCCGGGCCUCCGCAAGAUGGGCUUCCACUUCACCCCGAUCAAGCGUAUCUACGCGGGAUACAUGCUCGCCUCGGCCUCGAUGGUCGCGGCCGCCGUGACUCAAUACUACAUCUACAAGAUGAGCCCCUGCGGCAACCACCCCAGCACCUGCGACCAGGCGACGCCGAUCAACGUCUGGGUGCAAACGAUCCCCUACGUGCUGAUUGCCUUUUCGGAGAUUUUCGCCUCCAUCACGGGCUACGAGUAUGCGUAUACCAAGGCGCCCAAGAACAUGAAGAGUUUAGUCUCCUCCCUCUUCCUCUUCAUGAACGCCAUUUCGUCCGCCAUUCAACAGGGUCUGACCGCUCUGUCCACCGAUCCCCUGCUGAUCUGGAACUACGGUUUCGUGGCGGUAUUGGCCUUUGUUGGCGGCAACUUGUUCUUCCUCUGCAAUAUGAAGUUGGAUAAGGAGGAAGAUGACCUUAACAACAUUGAGGAGUCGACCUACCUGGGUCGGAACCAGGGCGAGGGGGGUAAGGCCGAGCCGGGGGUAUGAUUGGGUGUCGUAUGAGUAAUGGAAGUAUAUAUUUAAUAUAAUCUAUGAGCUAUGUUGGUUUGAAUAAUUGAGAUCAUGGUGAACAUACUACGUGCAUUACACUGCAUAAUAUUUCAGGAUAUAACAACAAUGAU